AUGGAUCAAUUGGCGAACGGAAACGGCAACAACCCACUCAAGUUCCUCAUCUACGGCCGAACCGGCUGGAUCGGCAGCCUCCUAGGCAAAAUCUGUGAGUCUCAUGGAAUCGAUUACACCUACGCCUCUGGCAAGCUCGAGAACUGCACCUCCCUGGAGAACGACAUCGCCACCAUCAAGCCGACCCACAUCUUCAACGCCGCGGGCAUCACCACCGCCCCAACGUCGACUGGUGAGAAUCCCACAAGGUCGAGACCAUCAGGACCAAUGUGGUCGCCUUGGCACUCUGACCCCUGCCGAUGUCUGCCAGGACAAGGGCCUUGUUAUAAUUAA